AGACGCACGGGUCGCGCACAGCAGCCUCCGAGCCUUUCUUCUAGACUUCAUCACCGUCUCGCAGCGCCGCACCAUGUCUGGAGAGGACGCACCUGCCCAGCAGCAGAACGACGUGGACCAGAAGCAGGAGAAACCCGCCGAGGAGCCCAAAGCCGAGACCCCCAAGGCGGACCCGGCGCCGGCCGCGGCCGCCGAGGCAGCGGCCGCCCCGCCGGCCGCCGCCGACAAGGCCCCCGAGGAGGAGACCUUCACCUACCGCGCGCUGGUGCUCACCGGCUACGGGGGCUAUGAUAAAGUCAAGCUGCAGGUGAAGAAGGGGAAGCCGGCCCUGAAGGCCGGGGAGGUCCUGGUGCGGGUCAAGGCGUGCGGGCUGAACUUCGCCGACCUGAUGGCCAGACAGGGGCUGUACGACCGGCUGCCGUCCCCGCCGGUCUCCCCGGGAAUGGAGUGCUCCGGGGUGGUGGAGGCUGUGGGCGAGGAGGUGACAGACAGAAAAGUCGGCGAUAAGGUGAUGGUGCUGAACCGCUUCGGGCUGUGGCAGGAGGUGGCGGUGGCGCCGGCCAGCCACACCUUCCUCAUCCCCGAGGGGAUGAGCUUCGAGGAGGCCGCCGCCCUCCCCGUCAACUACAUCACCGCCUACAUGAUGCUGUUCGACUUCGGCAACCUGCGGCCCAACCAGAGCGUUCUCAUCCACGCCGCUGCAGGCGGCGUGGGCAUCGCAGCCACUCAGCUGUGCAAGACUGUGAAGGACGUGACGGUUUUUGGCACGGCCUCAGCCAGCAAACACGAGACCAUCAGCGAGGGCGGAGUCACCCACGCCAUCGACUACCGCACCAAGGACUACGUGGAGGAAGUGCGUAAGAUCAGCCCUAAAGGCAUGGACAUCAUCCUGGACCCUCUCGGAGGCUCAGACACCCAUAAGGCCUACAACCUGCUCAAGCCCAUGGGGAAACUCAUCACCUAUGGUGCGGCGAACAUGCUGGCGGGCCAGAAGAAGAACCUGCUGGCGGUGGCCAAGAACUGGUACCACCAGUUCUCCAUCCACACGCUCAGCCUGAUCCAGGGGAACAAGUCGGUGUGCGGCUUCCACCUGGGCUACCUGGACGGCGAGACGGAGCUCAUCACGCAGACCAUGAACACCAUUCUGGAUCUGUACAAGCAGGGCAAGAUCAAGCCUCGCAUUGACUCCACCUGGCACCUGGAGCAGGUGGGCGACGCCAUGAGGAAGAUGCAGGAGAGGAACAACAUCGGCAAAGUGAUCCUCACCACGGAGCCCAUGCCCGAGGAGGAGAAGAAGGAGGAGCCCAAGAAGGAGGACAAGAAAGAGGACAAGAAGAAGGAGGACAAGAAGAAGGAGGACAAGAAGAAGGACGAUGGCAAGAAGGAGGAGAAGAAGGACGACAAGAAGAAGGAGGAGCCCAAGAAGGAGGAGAAGAAGGAGGAGGAGAAGAAGGAGGACGCCAAGAAGGAGGAGAAGUGAGCGGGGAGGGAGGGAUGGAUAGUCGAGCAGACCAAGCAGGGGGUUGCAGAGUGGGAGGACGGGGGGACGGGGCGGGAGUGGGUGAGGGAGGACGGGAGGGAGUCAGGAUAGAUUAGAAAAUGAUCACACUUAUUGUCAAUCACCUCCCCUCUGCCCCGCUGCCUCACCCCUCCUGUCCCAUGUAGCAGUGACCCCUCAGGCCUGGCUCCUCCUCCCACCUCCUCCGACACCCACUUUCUUCUAUUUACAUCUAAAAAAAAUUAAAUUCAGUCACAUGUAACCUGUGGUAAGCUCCGAGCUUACCUCCUCAUCUCAGAAUGUUGUGGUAAGAGCCUCAAGAUUUCUCCUGUUAAGAGUGAUGGAGACAGGAGGGCCAAGGAGGAUUGUGGGUAUGGCCCAGGCCUGCGGCAAAUUACUGUUUCCCCUGACAACCGUAAUCCCCGCUCCAGCCCCGGCCCCACCCUCGACCCCCGAUGCCCCCGCGCACCUCCCUCACCUCCCACUGCGCUAAAUUGUUCUGCUCUGACUUCCACCUGCCACCUCCUCUUCACCCCCCCUUCACUGUGCUGAGUCCCCCCCUCCCCUCCCACACACACAUACACACACACACACACGCACGCACACACACACCUCCACUUCCCCCUAGUCCACCCACCCACAGGCCGGACCUACAGACAGGCACAAAGACAGGCAGUUAAGCCGAGAACCACGCCCACCCACACGUUGCUCUCCUGGUGUCCAACCAUUAGUUAUGUCACUGAGGAUGAGUCAGAGAUGCCCGUGAUUGGCUGAUGCGCCUUACCUCCCCUGGAGAUAUUUGCAUCACGCCGUUCGACUGCUCCGACAAUGGCGUUCGCCGCUACAAGGCCUCACAUUGGUCGGCGUUUCCGUGGUCGGAGCCCGUGUCGGUGUCGGAGCGAGGCGGAGGAAGAGGGGGGAGCCGCUCGAUAAACGUUCCCACCAAACGGCUCUGUGAAGUUAAUAUCGGAGGCUGCAGUUUUGCUCUCGCCUGAAUAUGAAUUUCCCCUCAUAAUGAGCCUUUCUGUGCCGCGCUGAAUAGCGAGGCAGAAAUCAUCGCUCAGCUUCCUUCUCCUUAGUUACAGAUUUUUCUAGCUGACCAACUGUUGGCAAGAAGUGCGCCGUGCCAAUUAAGAGGGAAUGUGUUUCUGUUUCAAACACACACACACACACGCUCGCGCGCACACACACAUAUGCACACCCUGAGUGUGAUGAAAGAGGCACUGUCAUGCUGAGACAGUGAAGCGCCUGAAAUGAGCAAGUUAAGAAGGUGAAUACCAGUUCUUUUCUCGCCCCCCCUCCUCCUCCUCCUCCUCCUCCUCCUCCACACAUUCCAGCGCCAUUCUGUUUCUUUCACAGUGGCCACUCGCCCGUCCAUCACCCCGACCUGAGAGAUGAGAGCUCAGCUCAAGCUGUCGUCCAUACUUCGCCUCUCCUCUCGCUCUCUCUCUCUCUCUCUCCCUCCUCUUUCCAUUCUCCUCUCUAUGGUCGGCAUAGCAACAGGCGUCAGGCUCGCCGGAGAUGGCUGUGUGGUGUGUGUCUCCUCCACUUCCCUCUCUCAUCGCUGCUCUCCCCAGCUCUGUUUGCCCACAGUCGGUGCUGCCGACCAGUAUUUGAACAGGUGUUAAGUGUAUUAAAAAAUUCCAGAUGACACGACGGGGACGCGAAGCAGUUUCCAGGGCCGUUUCACUCCGACACGUUUAAAAAUUAACACCGGCGGUGCGCAGGCUUUAACCCGAGCGCACCGCUCCCCCUAAUGGACAGUGGGAGUUUUUCUUAACUGCUCUCAGCUCAUUAAGAGUAAUCCUCAGUAUUUCGUUGGAAAAAAACCAAGUGGGUGGACUUCCUGUCCGUCUCCCCCCCCUGCCCGCCUUGCUGCCUGUCUCUGAGUCCGGCCUUUGGCGUCGAGACUCAGAUGGUGACUUGUGACUUUGUUUUAAAAAACAAACAAACAAAACAAACAAACAAACAAACAAAAAAAACAACAAAAAGUUUCAACGGGACAAAAAAAAAAAUGGAAGAAAAAAAAAGUUGUUGUGUUAGCAUGAGUGGCCUCCCUCGUGCUGUGUGUGGUGUGCCAUUGUGUGUGAAGACGUGUGUGUCCUCAGGUCGUUUGUCAGGUUUUAAAAGCACCCCCCCCCGCCCCUCACCUCACCCCCCCACACUCCCUUCACACUACCACUCUGCUACAGUAUCAUGUAGCGCCCCCCCCCCUCACUCGACCCCCCCUGUCUGAUAAGAGGCCUGUGUUGUGAGGACAAGUGGUAUUAGUAUUUUGCACUCUGCUCGCUGAUCUUAAUGCACUUGCAAGCAUGGCGAUGGCACUCCAGUCCCACGCCGGCUCUGCUCCCGGUUCGCCGCCGCUGCCCGCUUCCCAUCAUGCACUCCCAAACGCAUAUCUGCUGAAGCUCACUGAAAGCACAGGUGGCACGCACACACACACUCACACCAUACACUCACACACUCACACACAAUGCAAAGGUCCCCUGGUUUUCAGCUUGCCAGUGGUGCUUGCAGGGGCCGACUCCUCCCGGGAGGCAGCUAAAAUCAAAGCGUCGGGUCCAUCCGGGGCUGCCAGGCGUAAAACGCGGAGCCGUGCGCGAGCGGCCUGGGCUGGAGUGCGAGCGCCACACUGGUGUGGGGAGUGACUGUGUCCCGUCAGCCUCUGGUUAGUGUUCUGUUCUAAUCUGCUGGGCUCCCUUUUGUGAACCUGUGGACGGUGCUUCUGUUCCAAGUGCCAUGUGAGAAACAAACGCUUCUGUAAAGAAAAAAAGAAGAAAAGAAAAAAAAAGAUGUUUUACUUACUAUGUUAUUUUAAUUUUACCUUGACUUUUUUUUUUUUUUUUUUUUUUCUGUUUUCGUUUGUUCGUUUUGUUCUCCAAGGGUUUAAAAGUUCAAAGCUCAUACUCUGAUGUGGGGACUUGGCCAAUCUGCACUCCUUUUUAAAUGUGAUGAAGUCUUUCUGUUGGUCCAAAUCACGUGUGCCAAACUGUAUGUAUAUUCCUCUGUCAAUGCUUUGAAUAUUAACAGUGCAUAAAAAACAAUAUCAAGA